AUGCGUCUCGCGCUGCGUCCAAACGGCCGCCAGACACCACGCAUCAUCGAGCACGACGUUCUCGGCCUUUGCCUCGUUCUCGAUGCGUACGUGGCCGCGAACGGUGUGGCGUCGCACUGGCUUCACGGGCGGUUGCCACCACUGGCGCUGGCAACGAUCGACGCGGCGCUUGAUCCGCCCAUGUCGGUCGCCGGCGUGUUGCUUCGAGCCGGUCAGAAAAGCGAUGACCUCCUCUUUGGCACCGCCGCGCCUGCUUUGGCGUACGGUCUCCGCCUCCAACGACGUCUCAGCGUGCCCGCGCUCACCACCGCCAUGUUCACCAAGCUGCUCGACCCGUCGACGACCUUUGCGAGCCUGGUCGCGACCGGGCGGCGUCGACCCAACGCUGUGCUGAUGGCCAGCAGUGUCCUCACUAUCGCUCUGCAGGAUGGCGCAUUAACGUCUGCGCUUCUCGAGCGCUGCCGCACCGUCUUUGGCUCGUGCACCGUCCCGGCCAUCCGCGAUGUCCUCGCGCAUGACAAGACUGUGGACGAUGCGACGCGCGCGCUUUUGCACCUCAACGACUACUACCGCGACCACCCACAUCCUCACGUCGCGCCAUCCCACGACAUUGCGCGAGAAGUGGACGCUGGCUGGCGACUGGCGGUCGACACACGAGCUGGCCAAAUCGGGUUCUCGUCCUAAUGUCAAAUCGUGCCUCGUAGCGUGAUUAUAAUUCUCUUAUUUUUAUACACGAUCCUGGAC